AUGACAUUAAUAGCACAAUCUGCUAAGGUGUCAAAAUCCUCCUUCACCAUUCGUCAAUAUAGCGUACUUCUUCUGCGUAAUGCAUCGAUCAUUACGAAGACACCACCAUUAUUACUAAAUCCUCAGAUUUUUCAUUCCAAUGUUCAAAACUAUAAUGUGAAAUUUUUCCAUUCUGAACCUAUAAGAUUCAAUGAUUCCAUUUUAAAGAAAUCCACAUCAGCGAAAGUAUCAUCUACCAACAACAACAAUAGUACAAGUACGAAAGGUAGUAACGACAGUAGUAGUAGUAAUGUGAAAGAACCAAAGGCUACCGUUAUAAAGAAGGAAAAAAAGGAGCCCUUAAUGACUAGAAUUAAACAUGAAGUAAAACAUUACGUCAAUGGUACGAAAUUGCUAGGCUAUGAGAUUAAGAUAUCUACAAAAUUAUUAAUUAAAUUUGUUCAAGGGUAUGAAUUAUCAAGACGUGAAAGUAAUCAAUUGAAAAGAACAAUUAGUGAUGUUUUCAGAUUAGUUCCAUUUUCUGCAUUCGUAAUUAUCCCAUUCGCUGAAUUGUUAUUACCAGUGGCUUUGAAAUUGUUUCCUAAUUUGUUACCUUCUACUUAUGAAUCCGGUACGGAUAAGCAAAAGAAGAGGAAUAAGUUGAUCGAGAUUAGAGAGAAGACUUCUAGUUUUUUGCAUGAGACUUUAGAGGAGUUAUCAUUAAUUAAUUACAGGACCAUUGAGAAUAGUGAGAAAAGGAAAAAUUUCUUGAAUUUUUUCAAGAAAUUAUACGCUUUUAAACAAAUAGAUGCGAAUGAUCAUUCAAUUAAGUUUUCUCAUGUUGAAAUUAUUAAUAUUGCCAAAUUGUUUAAGAAUGAUUUGAUAUUGGAUAAUUUAUCAAGGCCUCAAUUAGUUGCCAUGUCUAAAUUUAUGUCUUUAAGACCAUUUGGUAAUGAUAAUCUCUUACGCUAUAGAAUACGUUAUGAAUUGAAAAAAAUCAUGGAAGAUGAUAAAAUUAUAGAUUAUGAGAAUGUGGAGACUUUAUCUUACGAGGAAUUAUAUAAUGCAUGUGUUUCACGUGGUAUGAAAGCAUACGGUGUGGAAAGAAAUGAUUUGAUUGAUAAUUUGAAAGUUUGGUUAGAAUUAAGAUUGAAUCAAAAAGUUCCAUCUGUUUUAAUGGUUUUAAGUUCCACUUUCACCUUUGGGGGUAUUGAGAAAGUCGAAGAAACUAAAGAAGCACAAUCCAUUAUUACAUCAGACAAGAAUUCUAAGGGAGAAAUGUCUAAUUAUGAGAAAUUAUUAGAUUUAUAUUAUGACGGUAUUCUUCAAGUUCUUUGUACUAUCCCAGAUCCAGUUUAUAACAUUACGAAAUUGGAUGUCACAGAAUCCAAAUCUAUUCCUGAUGCGGAGACAGAAAAGGGAAAAGAAAAGAGAGAAGCUGAAGAAGACUUUGAAACAGAAAAGAAAGAAGCUGAAGUUAAACCUACUGAAAAGAGGAAAAAACUUGAUACUAAUGUGCCAGUUACUCCUGUUAUAGAACCUGAGGUUGCAACAGCACCACCAGCUGAUUCGACAGAGGGAGGAGUCGUUGAGAAGGAGCCAGAAAUAAGUACGGAUGAUAAUGAGUUUAAGUUGAAUGUCUUAAAGGAACAAGAAGAAUUAAUUAAAAAGGAGGAAGAAGAAUCAAAGAUGAGAGCAUCAAGGGAGCAAGUACCUGAUGAUAUUAAUUUAGAUGAAAAUGAACAUGAAAAUGAACAUGAAAAUGAACAUGAAAAUGAGACUGAAAAUAAGAAUAAAGAAGGUAAAGGACAAGAGGAAGGAGACAAAGAAAAGUAG